AUGGCUUCUACGGCAGAGAAAGGAGCUCCAUCUCCAGCUCGCGAGAUAAAGACGACCGAUCUCAAUCCCGUGCUGAGUGCAGGCGAAGACGAGGAACAGAUUGUGCCGGCGCUGCAGUCCUUACUACGGGCGGGAUGGACGCUCGACACUGCAGGGACGGGAGUGAGCAAGACGUUUUUCUUCAAGACGUAUUUCAAGGGAAUAUCGUUUACGAAUCUUGUCGCCGCGGAGAGUGCGACGAAAAAACACCAUCCAACCAUGACGGUGAAAUUCGGCUCGGUCCAUGUUCACUGGACGACGCAUCGGCCGGCUGGUCUGUCGAUGAAGGAUCUCGAACUGGCGGCGCAUUGUGAUCGGGGGGCUGAGCUGGUGGGUGCCGUUGCGCAGGGGGAGGGUCAAAAGUGUUCAUAA